CUGUCUGUUCGUAACGCCUCGGAGAAGCUGGCUGCAGAGGUCUGCUGCUUUCAGGGCAAGAGAGGAGUCAAAGGAGGGAGGGCAGAGUGGAAUAAGUACACAGACAGCUGCGCCCCCCGGAAGGGAAAAGGGUGCCCUCCAAAAAAUAAGCACAAUUUCCCUGUCAUCAUCAUCAUCAUCAUCAUCAGUGUGCAUGGAUACUCAAGAGCCUCGACCCCAGGGCCAGUCAUUUGUGAGGUCUGUGGGACUUACUUCGAAACGCGGCGGGGGCUCUCCAGCCACGCCCGCCUCCACCUGCGCCAGCUCGGCGUCACGGUGUCAGAAAACAGCGGCUCUCCCAUCGAGCUGCUCUACCAGCUCAUUCAGGAUAAAAACAGCUCUCGGACAGAUUUGAAAUCGGACUCCUCUGCACCUUUGUCGACAACUGCCAAGAAAUCGUCAGAGAAGGAGUCCAAGAAGCCCUCAGUGGAAGAGGACAUGAAUGCCUCCCACAAGACAGGAGUUCGAGCAGCUUCACAGAAGACGGGUCAGCAGGCAGCCCCCCCCACGCUGAAAGCACCAGCAUCUCUUCUCCCCUCGUCUCCCUCCGCUCUUCCUCCUGCGGAAGGCAGCAGCUCAUCUUCAUCAGAGCCUCAGGCCCUGACCAAGCCGCUGUGGGCGCCACUGGAAACGGAUGCCCCCAUCUCCUUAGCUUCUGCCACUAAAGAUGAGGUCCACGUUUGCCAGCUUUGUGGCUGCUGGUACGAGACACGAAAGGGCCUGUCCAGUCACGCGCGCGCCCACCUCCGGCAGUUCGGGAUCCUCGACAGCGAGAUCAACAACGGUCCCAUUGAAGUGCUUUAUCAGAUUAUGGAGGAGGAGGACCUCAAGCCCAUCAGCGCCGAGCAGCAGGAGGAGCUGGCAUCCAACGCAUCGGCGUCGUCCAAAAAGCGCCCGUCUGGUCUGUCCUCCCCGCCGGCCUCUCCCACCAGGAAACGGCCCAAAACGUCCAGGGAGUUCACCUGUGUUCUGUGCGGGGAGGCGUUCGAGAAUCGCAAAGGCCUGGCCAGUCACGCUCGCUCCCACCUCCGUCACAUCGGGGUGAGCGAACUGGUGGGGAAGAGCUCGGCCAUCGAUGCGGUCCAGGAGCUGGUCAGCAGCGGCGUUUUAGAAGCUUCCCCCUCCAAAAAACCCAAAACUGUGUCCGCCUCCUGUGCCGGGCUGCCUCCGGCACCAGCCUCUCCCACAGCCCCUGCCCUGUCUCCAACCCCAAACCAGCCCCAGGCUUUGCUUCCCCUCUCCCCAACGACGAGCUCACCGACCUCUCAAGGCCCCCUAAACAGGGCACCGAAGGCUAAGAAAGGUUUUCGACUAGCAGUGGACCCUCUACAUAAAAAACCUAAGCCCGAGCCCGUAGAGACAGAGGUAUCUGCUCAGCUCAAGCCAUCCUCUGAUAACUCCCCCCUGCCGAAGUCACCCACGGCUUCUUUUUUUACAAAGGCAGUUGACUUGGGCACGCAGUCUCCACCGACAGUCCUCUGUGAUUUCUGUGGCCAGCUGUUUGAGACCCGCAAAGCCCUGUCCUGCCACGUGCGCGCCCACCUGCGCCAGCUCGGCAUCUCCUGGUCCAUCAGAACAUCUCCCAUCGAUCUCCUCAGAGAGGUCAUGCUGCAGGGAGACGAAAGGAAAGACUCGGGAUGCGCUGGUCCUUCGGCCUCGGGAAAGGCGGCGUGGACCACCCAGGGCUCCAAAAGGUUCCCAUCAGGGGAAGGAGCCUCCACCUCGUGCACGUCACCUGUUGACUACUCCAUGAAAGAGAAGUCUCCAGCUGGCAAAAGUGUGCCCUCACUCAACGAAACGUCUUGCGAGCUUUGCGGGUUCGACUUUGAGAACCGCAAGGCUCUGGCCAGCCACGCGCGGGCCCACCUCCGACAGCUGGGCCUCUUCGAGUGGAAGUCGGACGGAGCCACCUCGCCCAUCGAACUCCUCAGCGAGCUGAUCCGCAAAGACCCGGCCAAGGUGGCGGAAAUAACCCGGCGCUAUCGUUUCGGAGACCUCUACAUCAAGAAGGUGGGCUCCGCUCUAAGACUGCCGGCUGUAACACAGCAGCUACGGAUCAAACCGAGCAAAAGUCUAACUACUGGCGUUGUUCCCCAGUCCCAGAGAGCCCUGGGCUCGCCCUCGGCGUCCACAGACUCUGAGCCGAUGGCGUGCGGCAGCCCGAAGUGGUCCCAGCAGCAGCUGGAGCACAGAGCCAGCAGGAAGGACCACAGCAGCCUCCACGCACGCACCACCAGGGGGGUUCAUCCCCUGAAACACGGCGUUUCCUCAGGGGAGGAGCACCGGGACAAAAACUCCCGGCAGCCGUCCCGGUCCGGCAGCAUCCCGGCGCUGCUGCCAAAGCCCCCGCUCACUCCGCUUGUGAAGUUUGUGGGUAAAAUCUACUCGCUCAAGUGUAGGUUCUGUGAAGAGGUCUUCCAUGGGCCUCUGUCUGUCCAGGAGCUGUGGAUCACACACCUGCAGAAACACAUCCUGUCACUGGGCUACAAAGGCAAAGAAGCUCCACCUGCUGCGCCCGUGACGGCCCCCGCCCUCGUCCAGCCCCUAGCGGUCUGAUCUUCCCAAACCACACUAAUAUCAAAAUUCAACAACAACCGACGCCUUCUUAUCGACUCCGAGAUUUAAAGAACCAAAAAAAGUGGACUUUCCAAACUUGUCCUUAGGAGGGCAAACAUGAGCUUCAAUAUGGAAACGGCAUGAUCCGAUCUGGUCAGAUUAACUUGUUAGACAAGGUCACAGUAGUUGUAACCUUCAUUUUUGCAGAUUGCUUUCCUCCCUUUUGACAUUUAGUUCCCUUUUCUAGAUUUCAAAUCGGGGAAUUACUGCUCAUAAGUGUUGUAUUCCACAAUGAAAAAUUAAAACAAAUGUUUUUUUCUUUACCAUUUUUCUACUGGUCUGACCAGUAUGGAUUAUAAAGUCUACAAAGAGUCUCAUUUUACACAUUUAUUUUAACAUUUUUUUUACACUAGGAAGAUAUUUUUCAUAGAAAUAACUACAUCUGUACAAAAAUGGUCUUUUUGCAUUUUUUUAAAAUUCUGUUUACAGACAUACGUCCUGUGUAACAUGGACAUUUUACAAAUGGAUGCUUGUUUUCGCUUUUUUUUCUGGUUGAGAAAGUCUGUCUUGUAUUAUAAUUCUGUCUUGUACCUUUACAUGUUUACAUAGGAAUUAUUUCUGGAUGGGUUAAAAAUAAACUUUCAAAGUUUU